GUACUAAUUUAAUCUGUGACAAGAAUGAAUGAAAUGAACGACAAAAAGUAUAAUGACGGAGCUGUCACGAGAAAUCGGAGAAAUCUGGUCAAGAUUAUUCGACCACCGCCCAUUCCUAAAUGGUGAAAUAAAAUUUAUGCUGAAAGAGUUUGAGGAGAAGCGUGGAGACAGGGAAGUAGAAAAUUUGUUUGCUAUACUUGAGAAAUUGACUGAUAUAAAAGACAGCCAGGCAGAAAAGAUUAUCAAAAGUGGAGAAACAGGUCUUCCAGUACUGAAAGAGAAGUUGCAACAAGCAUUACUGCUCAGUGACGAAGUAGAGAAGGAUUAUCUGGAAGCACGAAAGGAGCAUGAUAAACGUAGAUUAGAACUCAAAGAAAAGAGACAAGUUGAAUGGGAUCAGUUUAUUGAUGAUAUGAACUUCAAAUGUCAAAGAAUAGACAAUACAUUUGAAGAAAAAGAAGAAGAACUAAGAGAUUUGUAUGCUGACCUCAACCAUAAACUAAAUAUUGCUAAAUAAAAAAUGGAUUCCAUAGGAUCCCUUGUUGAUACCAAACUUAAGAUCUUCCCAUCCACAAAUUUAUUAAAUUAUCUUAACACUAUAUCUAUUGAUGAUAAAACACCAAUAAAUAUUGCAAGACUGGUUAAAGGAAAAGAAUAUGAAGGAAACCACAAAACAACCAAAGAAGAUACAAAUAAGACUCCAGUACAUCUCAAUACCAAUGAUAUUGAAAAUCUAAAUAAAAUCAAAGCUAUUGUUGAGGCAAAAAAUGACACACAUACAGAAGAAUCAGAUGAAAACUCCUCUAAAUAUGAUGUUAUUGAAGAAGAGAAAA